UUAUCAGCUUAUUCUGUUCAGUAUUCUUGCUGGGUCAAAAUGAGUGUAUCGGAUUUUUAAAUUUUACAGUUCACAAUUCUUUCUUACUUAGUCAAACGCCCCAAUAAUACGACACCAUAUCCGUGACUCCUAACCUGUUUCCAUCCCUUUUUUAUUUGUAGAUUUUUUUUUUCCUUUUUUUUUUUUUUUUGGAUAUUCACGGUAAUUUUUUUCGAAUAAAUCCUUCAUUGCUUUGUUUGUAUAUAUAUACAGGCAUUCACAUGUGCUUCUGCUUGUAAAUACUGUUCUUUGCUUUUCUCUACUCCUUUCUUCAAAGAAUUUGAAGCACACCCCGUGCGUGUUUUUUUGUACUUUGUUUCUGUCUAGUUCACUGAACUUGGAGUUUACUGUUUUCUGAGUUUUCACUAAAUCUUGUUCUUCUAACAUUUUAACUCAAAGUGUCUGGUUCUGGGUUUUAAUCUCUCUUUUUCUUAUUGAUUUAAGCCAGGAUUGAGGGUUUUCCCGUUCUGGGUAUCUAUCAAAAUCGAUUUUUUUUUUUUUUUUUUUCUAGUCAUCUAUAUUUUGAUUCUAUAAAAUCAAAAAAAAUUUCAAUCUGGGUUUUUGGUAAAGAUGAAAAGUUUUGCGUUUGUUGAGUUUUUAGUGGUUUUUACAGUGUUUCUAAUAUGUGGGUUUGUUAUGAGUAAGGAAUGUACAAACGUUUUUCCUCCGCUAUCAUCGCAUACGUAUAGAUACGCGCUUUUAACAUCAAACAAUGAAACUUGGAAGAAAGAGAUUCUUUCAUAUUACCAUCUAAUUCCAAAUGAUGAUUCUUUGUGGAAGAAUUUGAUUCCAAGAAAAAAGUUGAAGGAAGAGGACGAACAUGAUUGGACAAUGAUGUAUAAGAAGAUGAAAAAUCCAGAUGUCCUUGAUGAUGUGUCCGGAGACUUUCUCAAGGAAGUGUCACUGCAUGAUGUGGGAUUGGAUCCUACUUCUCUACAUGGGAGGGCACAGCAUACAAAUUUGGAGUAUUUAUUGAUGUUAGAUGUGGAUAGAUUAGUUUGGAGCUUCAGGAAGACAGCAGGUUUGUCGACGCCUGGGACACCAUAUCAAGGGUGGGAGAGUCCGACUACUGAGCUUCGUGGUCAUUUUGUAGGGCAUUAUUUAAGUGCAACAGCGCAAAUGUGGGCUAGCACUCACCAGGAUAGACUCAAAGACAAAAUGUUUUCCAUAGUUUCCAUUCUAGCUGACUGUCAGAAGAAAAUAGGCUCUGGAUAUCUUUCAGCUUUUCCAUCUGAAGAGUUUGAUCGGUUUGAAGCUCUCCAGCAAGUAUGGGCUCCAUAUUACACCAUACACAAGAUCUUAGCAGGCUUAUUGGAUCAAUAUAUAUUGGCUGGCAAUGAUCAAGCUUUUAAGAUAAUGACAUGGAUGGUCGACCACUUUUAUGGCCGUGUUCAAAAAGUGAUCACAAAGUACAGUAUAGAAAGACACUAUCUGUCACUCAAUGAAGAAACAGGUGGCAUGAAUGAUGUCCUUUACAGAUUAUACACUAUAACAAGAAAUGAAAAGCAUUUACUGUUGGCCCACCUUUUCGACAAACCGUGCUUUCUAGGUUUACUUGCAGUACAGGCUGAUGAUAUAGCUGGCUUCCAUGCUAAUACACAUAUACCAGUUGUCAUUGGUGCUCAAAGGCGAUAUGAAGUCACUGGUGAUCCACUAUAUAGGGAGAUAGGGAGGUACUUUAUGGAGAUUGUUAAUUCUUCUCACGCCUAUGCAACAGGAGGAACAUCAGUCAGCGAGUUCUGGUCUGACCCAAAGAGACUAGCAACCACUCUUCAAACUGAAAAUGAAGAAUCAUGUACAACUUACAACAUGCUGAAAGUCUCACGCAACCUAUUUAGAUGGACCAAAGAAACAACAUAUGCAGAUUACUAUGAGCGGGCAUUGACAAAUGGUGUGCUAAGCAUCCAAAGAGGAACAGACCCUGGAGUGAUGGUUUACAUGCUCCCACUGAACAGUGGAUCUUCCAAGUCCAGAAGCUACCAUGGAUGGGGAAGACCAUUUGAGGAUUUCUGGUGCUGCUAUGGCACAGGAAUUGAAUCAUUUUCCAAGUUAGGUGAUUCCAUAUAUUUUGAAGAGGAAGGAAGUACUCCUGGUCUUUACAUCAUCCAGUAUAUAUCUAGCUCGCUUAACUGGAAAUCUGGACAAAUUGGGCUGAGCCAGAAAGUUGAUCCUGUUAAUUCAUGGGAUCCCUACCUUCGAGUGAAUUUGACAAUCUCUUCAGUGGGGGGUACAGGCAAAUCGUCUACCUUGAAUUUGCGGAUGCCAAUUUGGACGCAAUCAAGUGGUGCAACAGCGGCUUUAAAUGCUAAAAGCUUGUCUGUUUCAGAACCCGGUAGCUUUUUAUCAGUUUCUGGAAAUUGGAAACCUGGGGACACUUUAAGUGUUCAGCUUCCCAUUAGUGUAAGAACUGAAGCAAUCAAAGAUGACCGUCCUGAGUAUGCUUCACUUCAGGCAAUUCUAUAUGGCCCUUUUCUGCUUGUGGCUUAUUCAACUGGUGACUUGGAUAUUAAGGCUGGUUCAGAAAACUCCCCUUCAGACUGGAUAACUCCAAUCCCUGCUGGUUACAAUUCUUACCUGUUUACUUUCUCCCAAAAACAUGGAAGCGAUUCUCUUGUCAUAGCAAACUCAAAUCAAUCAUUGGUUUUGGAGAAACUUCCUGAAGCUGGCACAGAUUCUGCUGUUCAUGCCACUUUCAGACUCAUCUUUCAUGACUCAUCUCUCUCGAAUUUCGCUACAACCCAAGAUGCUAUUGGCAAAUUAGUCACACUGGAACCAUUCGAUUUGCCUGGCAUGGUUGUGGCACAUCAAGGAGUAGACGGCAAUGUUGUAGUUGCAGGUUCUUCCUUUGAUGAAAGUUCAUCAGUUUUCCGUGUUGUUCAAGGAUUGGAUGGAGUUUCUGACUCGGUAUCCUUUGAGUCAUACAGCAACGAGGAUUGCUAUCUAUUUAGUUCGGAUGGUGAUUCUGAUGGAAGCUUGAAGCUGAAAUGCAACUCAGAGGAAAACACAGGUAGCGAUUUCAGUCAAGCAACCAGCUUUGGUUUGAGCAAAGGAAUAAGUGAGUAUCAUCCUAUCAGCUUUGUAGCUAAAGGAGCAACAAGGAAUUUCCUUCUGUCACCAUUAAUAAGUUUCAGGGAUGAAUCUUAUACAGUAUAUUUCAACAUUUAGAGGUCAAAACAGUUUAGGGAAUAGGAGAGCAGUGGCAAGAACAAGCCAUGAACAAAUUGGACAAGAAAUUUACAGUCUAUUUCUCAUAUUAAUCAGCAUGUUAAUGUUACUCUCAAAUUCUAUAUUGAAAAUGGGUGUACGAUUAAAAAAAAAAAAAAAUGUGAAAUAGCAAUUGUAGGGUUUGAAAGGAGAGAGCAUAUGGCGAUGGUCCUGUCCUUUUGGUUCAAUAAGGUUCUUCACAUUAUUUGUACUGAGAAAGGAAAAGGAAUAAUUCUGUGGAUAUUCAAUAAAAUCUAAUUGAGUUUGGGUAAUUCUUAA